AUGGGGAAUAGUUCGAUGUAUCCUGACGUGGACCAGAAGCGAUUCCAUAACAUUCUCCAAAGAUCUUUAACACAGUUCAAGCUUAAAAAGCCAAUGAUUACAAAUUACAUGAUCUACCACUUGGACUAUCUUGUGUUUAACUUCUGCUAUUUCCGAGACAUUGCUCUUGUUAGCGAAUGCUUAUGCACAGAAAAUAGCCGAUUCAACUUUGCGUUCUAUCAGAAGAUGAGUGUUUUCAUACGGAUAAUUGACUUUGGAAGCAAUGGCUCUGGUGGGGACGAGGGGAAUAGAGGAGAUCUCUCAAUUGAAGAUGCCUCGAGCCGUUCCUUGGGAUGCUCUUCCGAAUGCGUGUAUCCUAUGACGAAAGAGGAAUGGAUAAGAAGAAGCAAGGAUGCUUUAUUUGGAUCUGUUGGAGAAUUCCGGGAAAACACUUCGGAUACAGAAGAUUCAGAUGAUAGAACAAAGACAAGGGAAAUUCUCAGAAAUUUCGAAAUCAGCGAAUACUUCGGAGAUGAGGAAGAUUUGGAAUAUUUUGUUUUCAACUCCACGUCAAAGGUUCUUGCAUACUUUUUUGAGGUUCUAGCUUUUCACUUUCGGAUCCAUCCCCAUUACAUGACAGAGGCUCUUGAUGGUCGCUUUGUCAACUCCUUUCUGGGUUUACUUUGGUUUGAACCGGCAUUGAAUCUCUUUUCGAUUCUGCUUGGGCUGAAGGGCCUUAACAUGCAGAAGCUGGCCAUGCUGCUGAAGGACUCACGUCCUGUGUCUGUCCUUAUCGAAAGAAAGUGUUAUGUUGCAUUAAAGAUGUUGCUUCUUGCAGACUGGAUAGGCGACGACAGCGGGUCGAUGUCCAGCGAUGAAGAAGAUUUCUUCCACGACGAGAUAGUGUCUGGGGGAGAAAAGCUCAUUUCUAUGUUCCUUAAAGAGGAGUCGUAUUCGGAAUUCAAGCAAAUAUACGACAUAAUUGAGAUCCUAAAUUGUUCUCGGAGAUGCCCUAAGCUAGAAGUUCCCGAAUUCAAAAGAGUGGACUCCAAGCUAGUCCUCUACAUAAGACUAAUGGUGGGACAGCUGGAUCUCCUUAUGGAUGAGAUAUUCCAAAAAGAAGUUUAUUUCACACUUAUAGACCUGUUCUUUGGAAACCCGGAUCAUAUACCUCUCUUGAUUUCCCUUACAAUAUUUCUCUCAUCAGCAAUCAAAGACCAGUCCAAGUUCUCUAUGCUUAUAGAUGCUGGGUUUUUAGAUAGAUUUCAUGAUGCCUGCAUCAAGCUUAUCUCCAUUGAUAAGGGCCCUCGCCCGGCUAUAGAGUCCAUAUUCUCCUGCCUUGUGUACAUCUAUCCCCUUGUCACAUUCUACCUUGCAAAGUUGAACAAGGAACUCCUCGACACAGACAAGUGGGUAUAUCUUUCUUCCAUGAUGGGUCCCUAUUGUAAGAUAGAAAAGCUUAGCUAUUCCAACGACGAAGGCAUAGAAUUGUUUCUUAAUGACUGUGCAGAUGAAAGCUUUGCUAGAUACAUAUGCCACCUUAUUGUCGAUGGAAUGCCGGUACCUUCUGUGUUCCUUGAGAAGAAAUAA